UCUGCUUGUUUUGGCUCCUUUUAAUUGAUGCAUUAUUUUUGUCUAUUAAUGUGUACCCAGGUGACUAUGUGAGUUGCAUUGACAGAAUCCAUGUAUUAAGCUGGGGCAUUUUUGGCAGCUGCAGCAACCUGACAAUUCAUUUGUUCUCAUACAAGAUGCUUGUGAAGUACAUGGGGAAGGCGCGCAUGGUUGAUGAUUAUGUUCUGGAUUGGAGGCCGAAGCAAACUCCGUCAGGUUUCAGAUAAUUACUUCAGGUUAGGCGGGAGAAAUAAAAAGGGUAACCAUAGAUAUAUGGUGUAGCAUCAUGAGGUUCAGGUUCCUGCUGUUGAUCAACCGUUGCUUCGGUCGAGGUGGGUUAUGCUUGAUUAUGUUCUUUGUAUUUUUGUUCAUGGCCUACACUGGUGGUACCAUCUAUUCUGUUUCAAAAAUUUCAAUGGCUUAGUUUCAUGUCCCAGUACCACUUGAAGUACAACUAAGUACCUUCUGACAGGGCAAUAAUGUAUGUAUUUACCUAUGGUUAUUGUUUCCUAUAAGAAACAUGAUCAUCUCACCUUGGUUUCCCCUGUAUCUGACUUGGGACAGUUUUAUGUGAGAUUUGUUUUGCAUUUUCUGUGUGUGUGGAUGCUUAAGCUUAAGCUUUUGUUAUUUGGUUCAGUUAGAGAUUAAAGAAGACUGAAAUUGAGUCGAUGGUGUAUAUACUUGAUAUAUAUAAAUGGUCAAAAUAAGGAAGUGCUUUUAUGAAAGUUAAAUAUGCAGUUGUCUUCCUGUUUGAAUCUUCAUUGGUGAUUCCAAGUUUGUUGCUUUCCCCAAAAGUGGAGAUUUGUAGUACCGACAGAACUUCAACCUAUUCAGCAUAGAUCUUAAAUUGACCAGACAAUAGUAUAAUAAUUUUUAUUUACGGCCUUAGAAUUGUAUUGCCACAAAAAAAUCAGAUUUGAAAUCGAAAAAAAAGCAGGUUCUUAUGCUCAUAACAAUCCAGGAGAUGAUUCUGUAGCUUAAUGUUUGCUUAAUCUUUUCCAUCCUUAAUUAGUUAAAGGUAUUAAUUUGGCGAUAAUUUAAGAAUCUUCGGGUAGUAGAGAUCAUGUAGGUCAUUUAGCUCCGCCCACCGGCCGCCGGAGAUUAAAGAAGACUGAAAUUGAGUCGAUGGUGUAUAUACUUGAUAUAUAUAAAUGGUCAAAUUAAGGAAGUGCUUUUAUGAAAGUUAAAUAUGCAGUUGUCUUCCUGUUUGAAUCUUCAUUGGUGAUUCCAAGUUUGUUGCUUUCCCCAAAAGUGGAAAUUUGUAGUACCGACAGAACUUCAACCUAUUCAGCAUAGAUCUUAAAUUGACCAGACAAUAGUAUAAUAAUUUUUAUUUACGGCCUUAGAAUUGUAUUGCCACAAAAAAAAUCAGAUUUGAAAUCGCAAAAAAAGCAGGUUCUGAUGCUCAUAACAAUCCAGGAGACGAUUCUGUAGCUUAAUGUUUGCUUAAUCUUUUCCAUCCUUAAUUAGUUAAAGGUAUUAAUUUGGUGAUAAUUUAAGAAACUUCGGGUAGUAGAGAUCUUGUAGGUCAUUUAGCUCCGCCCACCGGCCGCCGGCCAGAGGUGAGUUCUUUUAUACCUGUAUAGGAGAGGGGGGGUGCUCAUAUCGGGGCUGCAAAUUGGGAGCCUCUGAUGUUAUCACCAUCCCGGUUCCGUUCUUCAGAUACGCAGAAUCGUUCUUGUUCAUUGGUUGCUUGAGGGGAAUGUUAUUUUCUUGGAGAUACAGAGAGAAAUCUCUACUGAAUUAGGUGUUGAAGAUGUUUUCUUGUGUAUGUGUGUGUCAGUGCAAACCCGGAUCAGUUGCUGCUCCAAACCAGACAAUUUGGAGGAUAAACGCGAGUCUCCCAGCGAUGCCAUGUACAUAAUUGUACACCUUCUAUGCCCCGCUUAAUUGUGUGUUCAUUUUGUUAAUCAAGAAGCAUCUGAUUUUAUGGCUGGCGUGGUGCUCCAGCGCGACCGCUUCGUGUGCUGCCUCGAGUCGCAUGGCCACCAUGCCCGCGCCGAGGCGAAGGCCGCUGCCACUCUCAACGCCCUCUGCUGCGCGCUCUCGCCGGCGGCGUUUGCAAAGCCUUGUCGUGGCGCUGCAAGUGUUGCCCCCCUCCUCCCCAAGGGCAAGGUGAAGGAAGGUGCAUGUGUGGUUCUUCAGCAGCUCGCAUCGAGGAUUGCUGUGUCCAACCUGCAGAAGUAUGCCAAGAAGUUCUCGGAGAUGAUUAAGGACAUGUCCCCGCACUACAACGAGAGAUCUGAGCUGUUUGGAAGUUAGUUUAGGUUUUUGUUGUGGAUUCACAGCUUCUCACAUGUAUGAUCCUCUUAGACCUUUAGAUUUCCAAAGAAACUAAAUGAAGAUAUGGUGGUAUGGUCUCAAUAGUACAACUUAAAGCCUUCCAUG